GAGGCAUUCAGCAUCACAAGCGAGCUUUACUCAUCAGAGCAAGAGCAACAAAAAAGAACAAAAGUUGUACAAAUUUUCAGUAAUUUUUCAGUAAUUUUUCAGCAUGAAAGCUGUAGCUAUUACAUUGCUCCUAGCUAUUGGGGCGUCGGCUCGUAUCUUACCGAUUCAGCCUGACUGUGCCCCAGUCCCAGUUCAACCACUCCCAGCUAUCCUUCCGGGAGGACCAGUCCAACCAAUUUUCACCGGUGAUGAGGCUUCCAUUGGAGGUCAACAGCCAUCAAUUGUCCCAGUCCCAAUUUUCGGAGGUAGCGAUGCUUCCAUCGGGGGACAACAGCCUUCAAUUCACCCAGUUCCAAUUUUCGGAGGUAGCGAUGCUUCCAUUGGGGCCCAACAGCCAUCGAUUGUCCCAGUCCCAAUUUUCGGAGGUAGCGAUGCUUCCAUUGGGGGACAACAGCCUUCAAUUCACCCAGUUCCAAUUUUCGGAGGUAGCGACGCUUCCAUUGGUGGACAACAGCCAUCUAUUGUUCCAGUUCCAAUCUUCGAAGGACAAAAGCCAUCCAUCGGUGGUGGAAUUUCCAUCCUUCCAGCCCCUGGCAGCGGAACCAAACUCCCACCAAAGGAACCCAUUAUCUCCAUUCUUCCCGUAGAAGGUGGUGAGGUGAUCUCUAUCUUCCCAGUUGUUGAACCCCAACAGCCAUCCAUUGUUCCAGUCCCAAUCUUCGGAGGUAGCGAUGCUUCCAUUGGAGGACAACAGCCAUCGAUUGUUCCAGUCCCAAUCUUCGGGGGUAGCGAUGCUUCCAUUGGAGGUCAACAGCCAUCCAUUGUUCCAGUCCCAAUCUUCGGAGGUAGCGAUGCUUCUAUUGGAGGACAACAGCCAUCCAUUGUUCCAGUCCCAAUCUUCGGCGGCAGCGAUGCUUCCAUUGGAGGACAACAGCCAUCGAUUGUUCCAGUCCCAAUCUUCGGGGGUAGCGAUGCUUCCAUUGGAGGUCAACAGCCAUCGAUUGUUCCAGUCCCAAUCUUCGAGGGACAAAAGCCAUCCAUCGGAGGUGGAAUUUCCAUCCUUCCAGCCCCAGGCAGCGGCACCAAACUCCCACCAAAGGAACCAGUUAUCUCUAUCCUUCCAGUACAAGGUGGUGAGGUCGUCUCUAUCCUUCCAGUUGUUGAACCCCAACAGCCAUCCAUUGUCCCAGUCCCAAUCUUCGGCGGCAGCGAUGCCUCCAUUGGUGCCCAACAGCCAUCCAUUGUUCCAGUCCCAAUCUUCGGCGGCAGCGAUGCUUCCAUUGGUGCCCAACAGCCAUCCAUUGUUCCAGUCCCAAUCUUCGGCGGCAGCGAUGCUUCCAUUGGUGGACAACAGCCAUCCAUCCACCCAGUUCCAAUUUUCGAGGGACAAAAGCCAGCCAUCAUCGGUGGACCAGUCGUUGACAACAAACUCCCAGUCGUUGCCCCAGUAGUAUCCAUCAAGCCUGUCGAGAAGCCACAACAGCCAUCCAUUGUCCCAGUCCCAAUCUUCGGAGGUAGCGAUGCUUCCAUUGGUGCCCAACAGCCAUCCAUUGUUCCAGUCCCAAUCUUCGGAGGUAGCGAUGCUUCCAUUGGUGCCCAACAGCCAUCCAUUGUUCCAGUCCCAAUCUUCGGAGGUAGCGAUGCUUCCAUUGGAGCCCAACAGCCGUCCAUUGUCCCAGUCCCAAUCUUCGGAGGUAGCGAUGCUUCCAUCGGGGGACAACAGCCAUCCAUUGUUCCAGUCCCAAUCUUCGAAGGACAAAAGCCAUCCAUCGGAGGAGGAAUUUCUAUCCUUCCAGCCCCCGGCAGCGGCACCAAGCUCCCACCAAAGGAGAUCAUCUCCAUCUUCCCCGUUGAAGGUGGUGAGGUCGUCUCUAUCCUUCCAGUCCCAGAAGAACAAGGUUGCGAGGAAGCCGUUGCUCCCAUCUUCAACGGUGGAGAGGCAACUAUUGGCCAACAGCCAUCCAUUGUCCCAGUCCCAGUUUUCUCUGGCGGUGAUGUCUCAUUCGGUGGACAACAGCCAUCCAUUGUCCCAGUCCCAAUCUUCGGCGGCAGCGACGCUUCCAUCGGAGGACAACAGCCAUCCAUUGUCCCAGUCCCAAUCUUCGGAGGUAGCGAUGCUUCCAUCGGAGCCCAACAGCCAUCCAUUGUCCCAGUCCCAAUCUUCGGCGGCAGCGACGCUUCCAUCGGAGGACAACAGCCAUCCAUCCACCCAGUUCCAAUCUUUGGAGGUAGCGAUGCUUCCAUCGGUGGACAACAACCAUCCAUUGUCCCAGUUCCAGUUUUCACUGGAGGACAAGCUGAGAUCGAGGGACACAACAGCGACAAGUGGAUCAUCUUCUAAACAACUCACGAAAACGGUACGACAACUCUACGGUUUAUGAAUUUGAAAGCGAUGUGUACGCAAAAUUUUAAAAUUAUUUCUUAUCGGCCAAUAAAUAAAUCUGCAAUAACUCAGCAUGAA